AUGGCAGAUAAACAAAAUGAAAAAGGUUCCGAUUCCAAUGACGCCUUGGGAUCAACCAAUGAUCCUUUCUUCAUUCCUCAUUCUGAUAGUCCCACUGCUGUUUUAGUUACCCCUCUCCUCUCAGGAGAUAACUAUGGAACGUGGCUUCGCGCCAUGACCAUGGCACUUCGCGCUAAAAAUAAGUUGGGCUUCGUUGACGGGUCAAUCGAAAUGCCCAAUGAUACCAGCAAGUUGCGUCAAUGGGAGCGAUGCAACGAUCUAGUCAGUUCAUGGAUUCUCAACUCCACAGAAAUUGAGAUCCGUGGAAGUAUUCUCUAUGCUGAAACUGCUAGAGAAGUGUGGCUCGAUCUUCGUGAUCGAUUCACCCAAACCAACGCACCGAAAGUCUAUCAACUGAAGCAAGCCAUAGGUAAAACAACACAAGAAGAUUCUAGUGUCUCCACAUAUUUCACGAAGAUGAAAGCACUAUGGGAUGAACUUAGUUCUGUCUCUACUGUGCAGCCUUGCACUUGUGGCCAUGGAAAAGCGAAUGCUGCUCUCCACCAACAAGAUCGUGCCAUGGAGUUCCUUCAAGGCCUCCAUGAGCGCUAUUCUAGUCUGCGAAGUCAGAUUCUUUUAAUGGAGCCAUUUCCAAGUGCCGCCAAGAUUUAUGCUCUCGUGCGACAAGAAGAGAAGCAACAGGAAAUACACUCUUCAACCCCUUCAGUUACCAUGCCCGAAGCUGCUGCACUGACAGCCAACUCAGUUUCUACCAACGGCAAAGAAAAUUGGUCUGCACCCUCUCAGAAUCGUGCUAAUGUUAGCGCCAAUUUUAGGGGUCAUCAUCCAAACCGAUCAUCCAAUCGGUACGAUGUAAAUUCUAAUCAACGCAACAUUGGUGGAGAUCAUCGCCAAACCGGGAAACCACGGAUGCACUGUGAUUACUGUGAUCGUGACAACCAUAACCGAGAUACAUGUUAUAGGUUGCAUGGUUAUCCCACAGAUAAACCAAGGAGUUCUUCAAAUAACCGCAGACUUUCAAGUUCCUCAAGGAUUUGA